GCACCGCGAGUCCAGCCGGGCCCGCGGCCCCAGCCCCUGCGCCGCUCGUCCCACCUGCAGUCGUUCCCUGGGCCGUGCCGCCUGGCCCUCCGGCUUCCCGGCCUGACUGCGUGCGUGCUUGGGGCCAGGCCGGCCUCCGGGUCAUCGGUCCCCGCCGGCCGGGCCAUGCCGAGCCGCCGCACCGCCAGACUGCCCGCUGAGCAGGAGCUGGGGGCUUUGGGGCCAAGUGACCUUUCCUCGCUCUCGUUGGCCGUUUCCAGGACCACGGAUGAGUUGGAGAUCAUUGACGAGUACAUCAAGGAGAACGGCUUCGGCCUGGAGGGGGCGCCCGCGGGCCUGGGCGAGGGGCUGCCGCGCCUGGUGUCCCGCGGUGCCGCCGCGCUCAGCACCGUGACCUUGGGCCCCACGGCGCCCCCGCCGCCCGUCACGCCGCCGCCCUGGAGCUGCCACCUGGGCCGCCUCCUGCCCGCCGCCCCCGGCCCGGGCCCGCGGCCGCACCUGGUCAUCACCGAGCAGCCCAAGCAGCGGGGCAUGCGCUUCCGCUACGAGUGCGAGGGCCGCUCGGCCGGCAGCAUCCUGGGCGAGAGCAGCACCGAGGCCAGCAAGACGCUGCCGGCCAUCGAGCUCCGGGAUUGCAGUGGGCUGCGGGAGGUGGAGGUGACCGCGUGCCUGGUGUGGAAGGACUGGCCCCACCGAGUCCACCCGCACAGCCUUGUGGGGAAAGACUGCACCGAUGGCGUCUGCAGGGUGCGGCUCCGGCCUCAUGUCAGCCCCCGACACAGCUUCAACAACCUGGGCAUCCAGUGUGUGAGGAAGAAGGAGAUCGAGGCCGCCAUCGAGCGCAAGAUCCAGCUGGGCAUCGACCCUUACAAUGCUGGGUCAUUAAAGAACCACCAGGAGGUGGACAUGAACGUUGUCAGGAUCUGCUUCCAGGCCUCGUAUCGAGACCAGCAGGGCCAAAUGCGCCGGAUGGACCCUGUGCUCUCCGAGCCUGUCUAUGACAAGAAGUCCACGAACACGUCAGAGCUGCGGAUCUGCCGGAUCAACAAGGAGAGUGGGCCCUGCACGGGCGGCGAGGAGCUGUACCUGCUGUGCGACAAGGUGCAGAAAGAGGACAUAUCGGUGAUUUUCAGCACGGCCUCCUGGGAGGGCCGGGCCGACUUCUCCCAGGCCGACGUGCACCGCCAGAUCGCCAUUGUGUUCAAGACGCCACCCUACGAGGACCUGGAGAUCACGGAGCCCGUGACGGUCAACGUCUUCCUGCAGCGGCUCACCGACGGGGUCUGCAGCGAGCCCCUGCCUUUCACCUACCUGCCUCGGGACCACGACAGCUACGGCGUAGACAAGAAGCGGAAACGAGGCAUGCCCGAUGUCCUUGGGGAACUGAACAGCUCUGACCCUCACAGCAUUGAGAGCAAGCGGCGGAAGAAAAAGCCCGCCUUCCUGGACCAGUUCCUGCCCUGCCACGGCUCAGGUCCCUUCCUCCCACCGUCAGCCCUGCUGCCAGACCCAGACUUCUUCACCGGCUCCGUGUCCUUGCCCGGCCUAGAGCCCCCGGGCGGGCAGGAACUCCUGGACAGCAGCUUUGCCUACGACUCCACGGUGCCCCCGCUCUUCACCAUGAUGGACCUGCUGCCCCCAGCGCCUCCGCCCCUCGCCAGUGCUGUCCCAGGCAAUGUGGGCGCGGAGGCUGCAAUCGGGGACCCCUCCGGUUCGGAGCUGCUGACGCUGGACUCGUACCAGGCCUCAGGCCCGGGGGAUGGGGGCACCGCCAGCCUCGUAGGCAGCAACAUGUUCCCAAACCAGUACCGCGAGGCGGCCUUCGGGGGCGGCCUCCUGUCCCCGGGACCAGAGGCCACGUAG